AUGUGCGGCAUCUUCUGUCUGCUGAGUCUGUCGGCGGCUCCGUCUAAACACGACCCAAUUGUUCACGAACAUUUAAAAAGACGAGGGCCCGACUCCAGCAGAGAUGUCACCGUUCAGGGUCCAAACUCUCUCUGUCGGUGUUUAUUCUCUGCUCACGUCCUUCACAUGAGAGGCCGUCUCACCCAGCAGCCGCUCCAGGACGGACUCGGGAACCUGCUGGCGUGGAACGGGGAAGUUUUCGGAGGUCUUCCUUUGACGCUUGACGAAAACGACACCUCCGUUGUUUCGGAGCGGCUCUCUUCUUGUAAUGACCCCUCAGAUGUUUUAUCAGUCCUCUCCUCUUUACGAGGGCCGUGGGCGUUCGUCUACUACCAGAAGGAUGGAGACUUCCUCUGGUUCGGCAGGGACUUCUUCGGCCGGCGGAGUUUAUUGUGGAGAUUUGACGCAGAAGUCGACGCUUUGACUUUGACUUCUGUUGCGGCUCAGACGACUGAAGAUGUUAGCUCUCCGUGGCAGGAAGUCCCAGCAGCUGGCGUUUUCAGGAUCGAUCUGAAAGCUUUUACUGAAACAGGAUCUUUGACUUUUGAGGUUUAUCCGUGGGCUCACACAGGAGAUGAUGUCAUAUCUACCUGCAGUGAAACAUCAGUCCCGAUCGGCUGCACUGCUGUCAUCAACCAAUCGGGUCUUUUUCUCACUUCGCCCGUCUCCCGUCUUAACACGACCCUCCCAAAAUCGACAAAUGAGGCAGACACUUGCUCAAACUCACAUUUAUCUGUUGAAGAUUUGCAGCAGCUGCUAGACGGGAAAGAGAAAGACGAUGAAGUGAGCGCUCUCAUCGAUGUUCUGAGCGAGGCGGUGAGGCGGAGGGUUCAGUUUCUACCUUUUAGGGAAGAAGAAGAAGAAGACCGGCCUCCGACUCCUGAGCGAGUGACUGUUGCCGUGCUUUUCUCAGGAGGCAUCGAUUCGAUGAUCCUAGCCGCUCUAGCUGACCGUCACAUUCCUGCUCACCAGCCGAUAGAUCUCCUCAAUGUAGCGUUUAAACUUCAGGAGCCGAAGACGCAGAAAGAAUCCGUUAAGAAACCCAAAAAGCACAAAAAUAAAUCCUCAAAUUCAAACAUAAACAAAGCAACAGACUCGAAAACGUUCAACCCCUUCGACGUUCCCGAUAGAAUAACCGGGAAAGCCGGGCUCAAAGAGUUAAGAGACUUGAAUCCUGACAGGAAGUGGAACUUUGUGGAGGUUAACGUGACGCAGGAGGAGCUGCAGAAAAUGAGGCGGGAGCGAGUUUGUCACUUGGUUCACCCGCUGGAGACGGUGCUUGACGACAGCAUCGGGUGUGCUGUGUGGUUCGCAGCGAGAGGGACGGGCGUCAUCACGAAGGAAGAGGAGGAGGAGGAGGAAGAGGAAGAGAGGAGCUUCACAUCGACAGCGAAGGUUAUUUUGACGGGAAUCGGAGCGGACGAGCAGCUGGCCGGUUACUCCAGACACAGAGUUCGCUUUAAGACAUCUGGACACGAAGGACUGAUCCAGGAGCUGGUCAUGGAGCUGGGCCGGAUCUCCUCCAGGAACCUCGGCAGAGAUGACCGAGUGAUAGGCGACCACGGGAAGGAAGCCCGGUUUCCGUACUUGGACGAGGACGUGGUGAACUACUUGAACGCUUUGCCCGUGUGGGAGAAAGCCGACCUGUCGCUGCCUCGAGGCGUCGGAGAGAAACUCCUCCUCAGACUAGCGGCUAAGCGGCUCGGCCUCGGACCGUCCGCCGUGCUGCCCAAGAGAGCCAUGCAGUUCGGCUCCCGCAUCGCAAAGAUGGAGGAUGGACACGAAAAGGCAUCAGAUAAAUGCUCCAGACUCCUCACUGGGUAGACUGGGAUCACUGGUUUUAAUUAACCCUCCUGUUGUCCUCGAGUCAAGGGA